CAAACAAAAUGAUCAACAGUGAAAUUGAUAACCGCCUAGGCAGCGGUGAAGACCUUCAACAGUACGAAUACAACUCCUCCACCGAGGAUAACUCCAACCGCUCAAGACUUACAACAACAACCUCACCUGCCCACCGAUCGUCGACCGCUAUGGAUUCGACAUCCUGCCAUCAGAGUAUUACCUGUUGUAGCUGCUGUAGAUCAAGUAGCUGUCGCUGCAGCUGUAGUCGACACAAUUUCCUCAGGCGGCAACGAUGGCACUGUUCAAGCAGCAGCAGCUUAGCCAAUCGGUGUUCCUUGCUCAUAGCUCUCGUAGCGACUUCGCUAGUGUUAAGUUGUUCGAUGGCCCUGCCACAUUCUUCGCAUCAUUCUUCGUCGACGACGUUUGGAUCGUCCGGAAGUAGUAGCAGUAGUAGUAAUAGCAGAUCUUCGAGUGGUAGCAGCAGUAGUAGUACAAAAAGUUUAGGGGUCUACAUGAUCCGAUCACCAGAAUCCACGACGGCUCCGGCCGGUGAUGAGGUUCUGUUUGAGUGUGAACUAAAUCUAAUACCGGAGCGGCUGGAGUGGAGGUUUCGGCCUCAAGAUCGACCCGGGAACCGGGAGGACUACAGCUAUCUCAAUAAACAUGAACACAACGUGAGUACAAGCGAAGGCACCUACAAACUUCACGUUUACGUCAACUCGAAAACGAUCGGCGAGUAUCAGUGCGUGGCGUGGUUUGGGGCCUCAGCAAUCGCUUCAAUUCCAGCCCGGCUAACCCUAGCCUCGAUCAGCCUAGACAGUAAUAGUAUUAACAGUGGCUACAGCAAUCCCUAUGGGCCACAACGAAGCACCAGCACAAGCAGUAUUAGCGAUUAUGGAAGACGACCGGAUCAAGUGCCGACCAUGAUGCGCAGGGUCUUCUCCCAGCCUCAGCAGCGACUACGAAUCUCUCCAGGAAAUAGUAUUAUCAUCAAAUGUGGUGAAGUGGCGUCUAAUCCACCGGCCAUCUGGAGCUAUUACAAAGACGAAAAGGCCAUCCCAGCUGAUGCUCCUCAGCUACCUUCCGGAGGUCUUAUCUUAUCCCAGCUAAAUCCAUCGGAUUCAGGAACCUACCGUUGCUCUGCCGUCAACACAAUCACCGGGACCGAGUUAAAACUCCCCCAGAAGACAACCAUCAUGAUCGAGUACACACCCCGAGCGCCACCGAUGGCGAUCUACAAGCCGCAGAACGUGUCUGCAACUCCGGGAUCGGUGGCUUUGCUUGAAUGUCCAGGCAUUGCGAAUCCGAUUCCCCAUCCUUCGUGGUUCAGGAGGGAUGGAUUGGCCAUCAGCGAUCACUCCCAAAUACUUCCCUUUGGGUUGCAGAUUGAUGACGUCAGUCCUGCGGAUCAGGGCGAGUACAUGUGCCGGAUGGAUAACGGAGUGGAACCGGCACUUGUUCAUGUGAUCAAGUUGACUGUGCUGGAACCUCCCAAGAUCGUUGAACCUCCGAAGCCGACGCUUACGAAUGAGAGCGAUAGUUUAGAGCUAGAGUGUAUAGCUAAGGGUUCACCAGCUCCGGACAUUUAUUGGAUGAUCAAUGGGGAUUAUACAAAGUGGGAUCCGUUGAUAAAGGCUAAUGGAUCGAAGCUGCUGAUCAAGUCUGUUGAGAAGAAACAUGCCGGCAUUGUUCAAUGUUUCGCGAGGAAUGAAGUUGGUGAGACUAGCGAAGGGAAUUUGCUGCAGGUCAAUCCCAAACAGAUCCCCGGGGGUGUCGAAUCAUCUCCUCUUGGAUCGGUACCUUCUGGGAAACAAUCCGGAGGAGAGCAUGGCGGAAAACGAGGAGGAAAAGGUGGAAAGAAACACAAACAUUUGGUGAUGAUUCCACCUUCGAGGCCAAAUAUCACCCGGCUCUCGGACGAAUCGGUGAUGGUGCGGUGGCUGGUCCCUUCGAGUGACGGCCUUCCGAUUCAGUUCUUCAAGGUUCAGUACCGGAUGCUGGGAGACCCCUCGAAAAACAUCGCCCGGACCCAGUGGAUGACCGAAAACGAAGACAUCCCACCGUACACCCGAUCCUACGAGGUCAACGGACUCAAAUCGGACCACUUCUAUCGGUUCCGGAUAGUGGCCGUCUACUCGAACAACGACAACAAGGAAGGUGCCGCCUCCGGAAAGUUCCACCUCCAAAAGGAAUCUCAGCUGGGUCACCCCAAGAACCAUCUCCUCGCUCCAACGCUCACUCGGAUUGAACCGGUCUCUCAACAUGCGAUCGUCCUCCAUUGGCAGUUUCCGCAACAUCUGCCACAUCCCAUCGAUGGGUUCUACGCGUACUACCGACCCGCUACCACGGCCGGGGAGUACUCGAAGGCUACCGUGGAUUCAGCAACCUCUCGCCAUUUCAAGAUCGAUCAUCUGGAACCGGGAACGGCGUACGAGUUCAAGCUGCAGUCAUUCACGGCGGCAGCGGCUUCUGAUUUUAGUGCCAUCCUUACCGGGAAAACGCUUAAGCCACCGACACCGGCUACGCUGGCCCCGACGGUUCUUUCUCCGUCGGAAGUUGGAGACGGGACUAGUGAGGUUCCGAACUACGUUUACAUGGGUGUCGGAGGUUUUGUGUUGGUGCUUGGCGGAAUUAUUCUGUGCUGCUGCUGCUGUGUGGCAUGCAAGAAAAAGCGGGGACCCGGUGUUGACGAACCGGACACCAAAUCGCACAUCCAGGUCGAACAGAACGGCUAUCCGGGAUCCGGAAUGACGAACGGUGGACCCCGAUCGCACCACCACAAGGCCCGAAACGGAAUCACAACCCGGAUGAACAUCACGCCCAACCCGUUGGCCCAGGAUGGUGAUAAGAAUCGCAAUGUGAUGGAGCUGCGCUUCCUGCCUCCCUCCUCGAUGAUGAUGGUGACGUCGUCGGCAGGUCCACCCGCCGAUUGUGGCAGCCUGUCCUCAUCCGUCGGGAGUCUCCCCGGUGGUCCAAUUGGUGUUGGUGGUGGUGGUGGUGGUAUUGGUGUUGGUGGGGGUAGCUUUUCCACAUCCUCCUGUGGCAGCGGCGGUGGCGGUACAAUGACCAUGACCAACAACAACAACAACAACGGAUCUUACCCUAAUACUAAUAACAACAAUCACCAUCACAACAACUCUCCGCAUCAUCCCGCACAUCACCAUCAUCCGCAUCAUUACAACCAUCAUCAACAGCAUCAGAUCCAGCAUCAUCAGCUGACGAAUCAGACGGUGAUCAAUGGGAAUGGGCCGAUGGCAGUUGGAGUGGUUGGAGUGGCCGGUCCGGAACAUCUGAUGCUGGCCUCGAUGCCCCACCGGAGAACUUUGGAGCGGAGCAUGCGCAAUCUACACCAUGGGCAUGGACACGGGCAGCAUGGCGUAGGCAUGAACGGGGGAGGUUCGGUCGUUCCGCUGGACCAGCAGAAGAUGAUGCUGGAUGCGGGGGAUUGCGGCGUCACCACUACAGUAGGGGCCGGAGUUGGAAUCGUCCUCGGGCCGUCUCGAAACAACUCGUCCAUCCGAAGGACUCGGCGAGGGUCCGGAUCGGUUCCGGGAAGUCCGCGGGUAGGUCGCGGUCCCAGUGCCGAACUGCUGCAGCACAAUCGAUCGCCGAUGCCAAUUCGGGCGGCGGCCAGCGGUGUCAAGCGGGCGGCUCGACUAGGCCGUGCCGAAAAUAUGUCCUCGGGCAGUUUGAACAGUAUUGAAGUUUGAAAAUGGGAGAGGGACGACGGAAGGUAGCUAUCAAUCGAGGUAAGAAAUUUGUACGCUUUUAUCUUUGAUUCUAAUCGACAAUGUUAAUUAAUCAUCGAAAAAAGAAAAAAAAAUAAUAGGGAACAAGAAUUGAGAAUUUAGAAUAAAAAAGUGAGAAUUCAAAUAAAAAAAACUCUAAACUGAGGAUACAAUAUUAAGAAAUCAUUAAAAACAAAUCAAUUACAUUUAAAUGAGAAUUUAAAAAAUCGUAUAUGAAAAAUGACAAUUUAAAGAAUCAAAAAUACAAACACAGAAUUGCUAAUUCAGAAUUGAAAGUUUGAAAAAGGAAAUCAGAGUAAAAAAGAAGAUCUAACAACCCGAAGGUAUAAAUCAAGAAUGCGGAGCUUAAUUUACAGAAUUGAGAAUUCCAAAUUAAGACUUGAUUCAGUAUUGAGAAUUUUUCAAUGAGAAUUUAAUAUUGAGGAUUAAAAAUUGAGAAUUCAGAAUCGAGAAGUCAAAUUUGGUAAUCCAAAAUUGCGAAUUAAAUUGAAAAUUUGAAAUUUAAGAUUCAGAUUGAGAAUUUAGAAUUAAGAAUUGAGAAGAUACAGAAUUGAAAAUUCAAACUUGUGAACUCAAGUUGAAAAUUCAGAAUCAAAAAUUUUCAAUUGAGAGCUCAGAAUUGAAAGAAUUCAGUAUUAAGAGAAUCCAGAAUUGAGGAUAAAAAAUUCAGAAUCGAAAAUUCAGAAUUCCAAAUUGGGAAUUCAGAAUUUAGAAUUCAAAAUUGAGAAUUCAGAAUUGAGGAUACAGAAUUGAGAAUUCAGAAUUGAGAAUUCAGAAUUGAGGAAUAAGAAUUGAGAAUUCAGAAUUGAGAAUUCAGAAUCGAGGAUUCAAAAUUGAGAAUUCAGAAUUGAGAAUUCGGAAUUGAGAAUACAGAAUUGAGAAUGCAGAAUUGAGAGUUAAGAAUUGAGAAAUCAGAAUCGAGGAUUCAAAAUUGAGAAUUCAGAAUUGAGGAUUCAGAAUUGAGAAUUCAGAAUGGAGAAUUCAGAAUUGAGAAUUCAGAAUUGAGAAUUCAGAAUUGAGAAUUCUGAAUUGAGGAUUCAGAACUGAGAAUUCAGGCCAGAGAAUUUAGAAUCGAGAAUUCAGAAUUGAGAAUUCAGAAUUGAGAACUCGAAGUUGAGAAUUCCAAAUUGAAAAUUCCAAAUUGGAAUUCAGAAUUAAGAAUUCAAAAUUGAGAAUUCAGAAUUCAAAAUUGAGAAUUCAGAAUUGAACUUCAGAACUGAGAAUUUGUAAGUGAGGAACCAAAAUUGAGAAUUCAAAGUUAAGAAUUCAGGAAGGAGCAAGACGAAUUGAAAAUUCAGAAUUGAGAAAUUUGAAUUGAGAAUUCAGAACUGAUAAUUCAGAAUUUAUAAUUCAGAAUUGAAAAUUUAGAAUUGAGAAUUCAGAAAUGAAAAUUCAGAAUUGAAAAUUUAGCAUUGAGUAUUCAGAAUUAAGAUUUCAGAAUUGAGAAUUCAGGAUUGAGAAUUCAGAAUUGAGAAUUCAGAAUAGAUAAUUCAGAAUUGAGAAUUCAGAAUCAAAAAUUGAGAAUUGAGAGUUAAGAAUUGAGAAUUCAGAAUUGAGAAUUCAGAACAGAGAUUCAGAAUUGAUAAUCAAAAUUCAAAAUUCAUAGUUGAGAACUCAGAAUUUAAAAUUCAAAAUUGAAAAUUCAAAGUUGGGAAUUUUGAAUUGAGAAUUUGAUAUCAAAAAUCCAGAUUUUAAAAAACAGAAUUGAGAAUUCAGGAUAGAGAAUUAAGGAUUGAGAAUUCGGAAAAAAGAGUUAAAAAUUGAAAAUUCAGAAUUGAAAAUUCAGAAUUGAGGAUUCAAAAGUGAGAAUUGAGAAUUCAGAGUUGAGAUUUCAUAAUUGAGAAAUUCAGAAUGGAAAUUCAGAAUUUAGAAUUCCGAUUUGAGAAUUCGAGUAGAGAAUUCAGAGUUGAGAAUUCAGAAUUAUAAAUUUAGAAUUGAAAAUUUCCUAAUCUUUAGAUGUCCCUACUAAAAAGGACAUCACUUUUCACCGCUAGGCCGAUAAAUUAAAUCUACAAACAUAAAUUACGGUGAUAAAUCCCUCAUGGAAUUGAGAAUUCAAAACUGCAAAAUCAAAAUAAAGAAUUCAGAAUUGGGAUUUCAGAAUUGAGAUUUAAAAUUGAGAAUUCAGAUUUCCAAAUAGAAAAUUCAUAAAAGAGAAUUUCAGAAUGGAGAUCAAAAAUUGAGAAUUUGGAAUUCAGAAUUGAGAAUUAAAAAUUGGGAAUUCAGAAUUGAGAGUUCAGAAUUUAGAAUUCAGGAUUGAGAAUUAGGAAUUGAGAACUCCAAAUUGAGAAUUUAGAAUUAGGAAUUAAGAAUUGAAAAUUCCGAAUUGAGAAUUCAGAAUUGAGAAUUCAGAAUUGAGAAUUCAGAAUUGAGAAUUCAGAAUUGAAAAUUCAGAAUUGAGAAUUCAGAAUUGAGAAUUCAGAAUUGAGAAUUCAGAACUAAGAAUUCAGAAUUGAGCAUUCAGAAUUGAGAAUUCAGAAUUGAGAAUUCAGAAUUGGAAAUUCAAAAUUGCAAAUUCAAAACUGGGAACUCAGAAUUGGGAAUUCAGAAUUGAGAAUUCAGAAUUGGGAAUUAAGAAUUUAUAAUUCAGAAUUUAGAAUUUAGAAUUGAAAAUUCAGAACUGAGAUUUCGGAAUUGAGAAUUCAGA